AUGAUCAGUUUCCUAAAAUUACCACUUGGCAUCGCCAUAUGCCUUCUUGUCGUCCAUAUUGAGAAGAUUCAUGCGAAUACGGAUAAUCCUUGCACCGGCGCUGGAUUCUUUGCUCUAGUGGACAAUACAUCCGAGUUUUAUGCCUGCGAUGAGAUGCCCACUGGUGGCUACUCCGUAAGAUAUUUGCAAUGCCAGACGGGAUUGGUUUUCAGUGCUCAGCUUGGCAAGUGUGUGGAGCAAUUGCCAUUGCCAGCGGAGGAGAUUAUUUCUCCGGAGGAACGUGACGAUGGCAACAUUGAGAAUCCCACCAUACCGCCCACCAAUCUGGAUGAAAGCACUUCGACAGUGGAAUCAACUGAAUCAUCCACCACUAAAGCCGCUGAGAGCUCAACAACUGAGAAUACAGAAAGUAGCUCCACAACGGCAGUAACAGAUGAUGGCACCAGUUCCACCAAGGAUGGCGAGAGUAGUUCCACCUCUGCUGUGACCGAGGAUGAUGACACCAGUUCCACCAAGAAUGGCGAGAGUAGCUCCACCUCUGCUGUGACCGAGGAUGAUGACACCAGUUCCACCAAGAAUGGCGAGAGUAGCUCCACCUCUGCUGUAACCAAAGAUGACGAUAGCUCCUCCUCCUCCGUUGUUACCGAUGCACCUGACUCAUCCUCCACUGCAUCCGAUGCGGUGACCAAAACCACUGAACAAUCAGAUGAUGAUAUAUGCGCAACCAACGGCUUCCUGCCCAAGAGUGGCAACUGCUCUCAGUAUGUCUACUGCCAGGACAAGGGUGAUUAUUUGAAGCCCUAUAACUUCGAUUGCCCCCAGGGCAUGCAGUUUAAUCCCGCAUGCAACUAUUGUAUCAAGGGCUAUGAUUGCACCAAGGCAUAA